AACCAAGGCAGUUGGCAGCAUGGUGACUCGUUUUCAGAACCGCGACUGAAUCGGUUACAGGCGUAUCGUAGCUGCUUGGUUUUCGAGCGCGCUUGUUACGCACUCUGUAAAGGUGCUUUGCGCUGUGUGUGUGGUUUGGGGAUUAGAGAGUUGGUGCUGGGAACGAGUUUGCUGCUGUGUGCUGUGUGUGUGAGCGUUCGCGCGCGUGUUUGUGGAUAACCGAAAGCGGAAGCGGAAGAGCAAGAAAGCGCUAUAGAGAGGAAGCGAGCGAGAGAGAGAGAGAGAGCGCGCGAGAAAGAGAGAAGAGUGUUGAUUGGUUUGUGGAGAGUGGUGCAUCGAAUUGCAAAGAAGAAAAAAACGGAGUGUACCGUGGUGCGAAGGAUCAAAGAUCGAUCGAUUCGGCCAGUAACGGAGGGGUGGCCGAUUUGCAGGACUGCGUAAGAGCGAAGUGAUCGUCCUAGAAAGGAACACGUCCGCACCAGGACAACAGACCACUGCCAACGUGUGCACAGCAUUUAGACAGCAGCAGCAGCAGCAGCAGCAGAAACAGCAGCAACCAUGGCGGACAAAAAAGUAGCGGAACAGUACUAUGCCCCACCGCCCAAGCUGGGCAAAUGGGAAGGAUUUAGGACGUUCCUGUGGAACAGCGAAACCAGCCAAUGCCUUGGCCGUACCGGAUCCAGCUGGGCGAAAAUCCUCUUCUUCUAUGUGUGCUUUUAUGCUGCCCUUGUUGGAUUCUUUGCCGCGAUGCUGGCAGUGUUCUGGCAGACGCUAGAUAUGCAGAUGCCUAAAUAUCAACUUGACAGUUCAUUGAUUGGUUCGAAUCCAGGUUUGGGCUUUCGACCAACACCGCCAGAGUACCAGAAUGUGGAGAGUUCGUUAAUCUGGUACAGAGCCUCCGACAACGGAAACGUUGAGAUCUGGACCAAACUAAUCGAUGAGUUUUUGACGCCUUACACGAAAGAGGAAGACAACCAAGUCGAUUGCUCGUUCGACAAUCCGCCACCGGAGGGCAAGGUUUGCAAAGUUCCUAUGACUAACUGGUCCCCGUGCGUCAAGGAUAACCGAUACAACUUUAAGAAGAAGAGCCCGUGCAUAUUCUUGAAGCUGAACAAGAUCUACAACUGGGUACCGGAUAUGUACAAUACCUCGAUCAACUUGCCGGAGAAAAUGCCCGAUGAUCUCAAGGAGCACAUCCGUGGUGAGGAAGCUCGAGGAAACAAAAAUACUAAUGUAGUAUGGGUUUCCUGCGCCGGUGAAAACCCUGCCGAUAAUGAGCACAUCGGUGCCAUUCAGUACAUCCCGCGUCGCGGAUUCCCUGGCUAUUUCUUCCCUUACAAGAACGUUGAUGGAUAUCUGCCGCCUGUAGUAGCGGUCUACUUCGAAAAACCAAAGACUGGCGUACUCAUCAACAUCGAGUGCAAAGCCUGGGCCCGCAACAUCAUGUACGAUCGGGCCGAGCGAAGAGGGUCCGUUCAUUUCGAGCUGAUGAUCGAUUAAAUCGGUGGCUCGACCGUGACAGUUUAAACAGCGAAUACCACCAGGGUCAUUUCGCACAUUUCGCCGGGCGCACGUGUUAUCAUCGUUUUUUGUAGAGGGAGAAGCAGAGUGCACCGAAGUCCGAUCGUCGGUACGCGUGAGAAGAUGGUAGUGAGGCAGAAGGCACAAAGCAGGCCUAGAAGUAUCGAAUGAGUUUACGCUAGCGUUAGGACAACCGCAGAACAAGCAGCAACAGCAUCAGCAGCAGCAGCAGCAGCAGCAAAAUGUAGUACGCAAGCAGUCACGUGGAGCGAUUUGUUGGUGGAGCAGAAAGUCGAAAUUCAAGAGAGAAAAAAAAACAACACAUUACGAAAACACCCAACUGACGAGCGUGCGAUACCAAGCAAAAGCAAAAACCAGAAACAUUAAAAAUCGUCGCGUUGCGAGGGCUGAAAGCGCGAAAAUCAAGGGCAUAUAUAAAACACAUUGUAGUAGGCGACGGUGUGUGGCGUAACGUUUGAAUCAUUUGGCUAGGCAUUUUAUACUUUUCCUUGUACUUCAGCUACUAUCGGUUGGUGAAGAUUGUUGUAUGAUUUUGUUAUUGCAAUAGUAUACAUAAUACCCGCGUUAAAAAAAAGCAAAAGAAAACAAACUAAUAAUAAAAGUAAAGGAUUUAAGACCAUCGUAAUAACUGUAGGUAAGUUGUACAGCUAAUUGCAAACAAAACAAAAAACAAAAAACAAAAAACAAGAAAUCCCCGGAGGCAUUCCGCUCUCUGCUUGAGUCAAGUAAGUCAGGGCAAAACAGCAAGCAAACAUAAUGAACAAAAACAAACCAAAACCUAAACCUGCGACACCGAUACACGCGAUCUGCGUACUCUAACGGUAGUAAGGAGAGCGAAUGUGUUCUUUAGGUGCAGAUGCUAGAUAUAGUGACACACAACUUUCCGUAUAACUCCACCUACACCUCUUAAACAGCAUAGCAUGAUCUCUGGCAAAGAACAUAGUACUAGACAAGGUAUAAAGCAAAUUGGGUGACAGCAACCGGAACCGUAUGAUAAAAGAAAAGGGACAGGGUUCAACAUGUUCCCCCGUUUCGGUUGCCGCGUCCUCGUAUCUAUGUCGAUUCGCUUCUCGAGCCCCGAAAUAGUCUGCAAAUUGUAGAUCUAGUUGUGAAAGAUUUGAGUCAAGAACCCGUACAUCAGCAAAAGAAAACAUUAAAAAAAGAUGCAUCAACCAUGGAGCAAUGUAGUUUGUAUCACACGCUAAAACUUUCUUCUCGUGCCGUACUCACAAACACACACACACACACAUAAAUACACACACACAUACACACAAACACAUAUACAUGCUGUACGAUGGCCAUAGGCCGAAGGGCCGGGUAAGGAUUUCACGCCCCCCCUUUCCUCAACAUGUACGAUGUACUAGGCAGCAGCUAAUAAAGAAUAAAAUAAAGUAAUAAAACACACUCAAAAACCAUAAAACGAAAAAAUCAUGGAAGAUUUCUUUCAUCUUGAUGGCAAUUUGGUGUGCUAUCAUACUUUGUAAGCGUGACUGACUGCGUAACUACUCAGCAGUGUUGUAGUAAGUAGCGCAAAACGAUCACUUACACCGAUUCACACUGUGCGCUUUAUUUGAUUUAAGUAAGAACACAACUACACAAAAAAGGGGUGGCUAAAGAACGAUUUUGCACCAGAUCUGCUAGUGAAUCAUGUAGCGAUCGAUCGUACGAGAUGAGCUACUGAUGCUCAAAGAUCAAAGCAAAGCAACACAAAACAAAUUCAUUAAAAACCAAUAUGAAGGGCCUCUUUCUAUUCUUAUCACUCACUGCCCAAUGAAUAAGUUUAAAUACAAAAGAACGUAAUAAAUGAAACGAAACCGUGAACAACGUACACAGCCACACGUAUAUACAAAACAAAAAAACUUCAAAUGCAUAGCGAUGUGAUGUGUGAAAGAGUUUGUAGAGGAAACAACGUAAAAAUCACAAUAUAUAAACCAAACAACAAUACUCGAGAGGUGAAAGAAAAACAAAAAUCGAAAGGAGUUGUUAAAAUAAACACAAGUAUAACUUUGUUAAAAUAAAACCCUCAUAGAUGGUAACAAAUCGGAGUAAAGAACGAUGCGAAAGUUGAAGUUGAAACACAAGAGCGAAACUAGAGGUAAAAACAAUUUUCAAACAAAGAAGAAAAGUCGAGUGUUUACACACAUGCACACACCACGCGUACAUAACGUUUGUGUUCGUAGUGGUUGUCGCCAUUUUAACUUGCCAUCAAACGUGUACUAAGAUACUGUUCCAUGCGUACUAAACAUCGUUACAGGUGUUUACCUUCAUAGAUUCAAUUCUCCUGUCUGUGUACUAACAGAAGCACCCUUGUUGGUAUUAGAUUCGUAAAACGACUUCAAGACUUCCAUGAUGGUUCUGGAUUCGAAACACCUUUAACGUUUAUAAACUCUUGAUAAUUGAUCAAUGGACAAGUAAUAUGUUAUCACUUACACUGUGCAUCGUAGCUUCUUUUCACAUCCCCAUUUUUUUUUUUUGGUGAAUUGUACUCGCAUGUACGUGUGUAAGUGACUCUGUGUGUGUGUGUAUAUGUUUGCAUAUGUUUUGUCAAGCUUCGUCAGCUGCAUCCGCAAGCUAGGUUAGGGUUAUGUUUUCACAAUAAAACAAUGUAACGAAAGUGUUAAAGCGAAAACCCCCCCCCCGAAGCGUUGUCAUUUCGUUUGGUGUGUAUUGUUGUGCGAAUGGAAAGUUGUUUCGAACAUUUCGAACAUUUACGAAUUGAUCACCAAAGCCAUAUUGCACCGGUGUUCAAAUGUUUGGUCAGCAAGUUUACUCGAUAGCUCUGCACAGGGGUCGUUGCAAGUUGGUGCAGUUUUAAAUCGAACAUUGCAAGCAGAAGAUAAAAAGAAAAUCAUGCGAACGAAGAUAUAAGCAUCGAACAAAAGUGUUAAACCAAUGCAAAUGAGAUGAAAAGCGAAAGAUGCAAAAUAGGCUCGCAUUGCUCAUGUGCGUAUAACUAAUUCCAAAAAUACAUUAAAAUCUGGAGCAAAGUUCUACAAAACAUCUAAUACACGCAUCGUACCGUUGAUAAACCACAAGAAACAAAAACAAAACAAAAACUCACUACCAAACACAUAAACACACACAUAGACGCGCAUGCGAAAGGUGUUAAGCGAGUGUCGUACAAUAGAACGUAAACGUACUUUUUUGGGAGCUUAGGGCAUCUGUAGGAACACAAAUGAAAAUUACGAGUUAUAAGUAUUUUUUUAAGAAUAUAAGGUAUAAAAAAUCGAUCGAACGAUAUGUGUACUACACACUCCCACACACACAUACACACAUUCAUACACACAUCCACUAUCAAAAUGGUGCGGGGUGCGCGCAGGAGUAGCGUGCGCAUGCGUGUUGGUAUGAGGAUGCGUUUGCGUUUACUGACGGUGGAACCCUUUGUUUAGGUAGUAUAUUAUGAGCGCCCGGUAAAUGGGAAAUAGCAGGACGAGAAGGGGGCUUAAGGAAAUUAUUUAUUUAGGGUAGCAUUUAUCUCGUGUCUUGUUAAGUUUUUCGGUGUCAUCCAAAUGGUCGCCGGACUGUUUUUUCGCAUCGUCAUCGUCGUCGUUGUCGUCGGUCGUUCGUGUUUGUACGCGCGGCACGCUGCACGCAAUAUAUACGCAUAUAGGUAUUACAUGUUUUCACUACAACGUGUGGUUAAUAGCAAUGCUAAGUUCGGUUUUCGUUCUUUAAGUGCAACGGGUGCAACAUUGAAACGUACAUCCUUUAUCUGCCCCCUGAUUCUGUGCAUUCUAGCAGCAGUACUAGCAGGUAGAAGCCACACAUACAUGUGCAGCAGCCAGAUGGACGCGUGUGUAGUUAUUUGCGAACGCAAACUGUGGGCAGAAAACUCGUAUGAGACGGUAAACGAAAUAAAAAAAAAAGAAAUACAAAAGAAACAAAACCCUAAACAGAAUAUAGCGCUAAAUUUUAAUUAACAUUAACGUUACAAAUGGUAAAAGAAGAAUAAAAGAAACAAAAAAAAAAAACAGUCGCAAACCGCAGGAGGAAUAGAUAUCUCUAACUUAGUGAAAGAGAUGCUGAAGCAGAAAAAUCUAUUGUUAGUCGAGAAUAUUUACUAGGAUACCGAUGAGUUGAUGGCAUAAGUGAAGAAAAACAAACCCACAACAACCAAAAUCCACACACACACACACACAUACACAAAAAUACAAAACCUACACGGAUACAUACAAGACACAGAUGAUAAUGAAUAAAACCUUCUAGAUAUAAACAAACAAAAAAAAACAUGUCGUUGAAUAAUAAAAGUAAAAGUAAUACAUAAAAAAGCAGAAACAAAAAGUCGUGGGAUAGAACAGCAGCAAACAAAACACACAAGGCAGUACACACAUCUUACCUUGCAAUACUUCACACCAAAGCACACGCCUAAACCGUGUGGCGCUAAUCUACAAGACCAUUACCACACGCAUCUCUAUACACGCCACAUUCAUAUAGACAAGUGCACACAAAACUCACCCAACACACACACAAAAAACACAAAAACACACACACACACAUUAGUUUAAAUACCUGUCGCCGGGUAGUGUCGCUUUUCGAGAACCGUGAAAAUAAAACCAGAAAAAGCAAAAUACAAAUCACGCAAAGCGAGCAAGUUUUGCAGAACAGUAAAAAAACAUACACACCCAAUACCACAUUACUUAAUACUAUAAACUAUAAAACAAAAGAAAGCCCAAUAAAUUGCAAAUGAAGAAUGAUAAACAAAACAAAAAAACAAAACGUUAGAGAAUUCGAGAAACAAAACAAACAAAAGAACAAAAAUAAAAGAGAUGAAAAAAAAAUCCAAACGCUUUAAGCGAGUGGCGUUUGUAAUGCAGCUUUUAGUUUCUUACACACUCUGAAGAGGGAAACCAUUGCGGGAAUGGAAGGAACCAGUAAAAAACAAGCGAGCGAAAAGUAGUAAAAAAUAAAAACAAACAAAAAAUAUAUUACAACCUGUUACUCGAACGAAGGCUAUUGAAGAUCUAUUUGAGACAGACCACCCACCACAUUAAUAACACAAGAAGUAAUCGAAUUCGGGGAAGAUGGAAGCAAAAAAGCGAAAAAGCAAACAAAACAAAAAAACAAGCAUAAACAAUUGAGAGAACAAGGUAAAAUCUUUUUUUUUCUGUUAGUAUGCAACACGCAACACGGGAGUUCUAGGCGAUUGAAUGAUUGGAAAUGGCGAAUGGCUUUGUGCAGGCAGGGCAGGGAAUGGUGUUCAAGUUUGAGGUCACAAGUUCGAACAGGAUUACCACACGUUGAGCAUGGUUCGCAAGGAUGUCGGAUGAACGGGGCGGGGAAGAUGAGAAGGACGGGCGUAUGGAGGGUGUAUGGUGUAGCGGAAGAAAGAAUGGAAAAUCACAUCACGGAAUGUUCGUAAUGGUAGUGUGCGGAGCGAAAGCGGAAACGGGAGGCUGAAAAAGGAAUGUAAAGCUAUUAAAUCUUUUUAAUAAACCAAUUAUUGAAAUAAAGAAGAAAAGUCCGUAGCGACACACAUCUCUGGA